AUGUACUCCGAUAACUCGAAUACCGCGGUAAUGACAAUGCUCGUCGUUGGUGUUGGCUGUGGAGCAUGGGCUUUGGGUCGUUUCCAGAACCAAGAUAGGGGUUUUUCCGGUGGUCCUGGAAGCAGUGGUUCUGGUAAUGGUCGUGGUGGUCAAGGAGGAUGGAACUCGGGGUUUUCGUCGUCAAACGCUGGGGCACCACCGCCUCCACCUCAUGGCACUCCUCCUCAGCCUCCUCCUCACCAAGAUACACCUCCCAGGCCGCCACCCCAUGGCAAUGGUCCUCGGACAUCGUGGCAAGGCGCUCCGCAGACAGACGAAACUCCACCGCCGCCACCUCCCCAUUCAGCGCGUCAAUCGCCUCGAAACGAGUCCGACCCACGUCCUCGACCGCCUCCAGAAGCUCGGCCUCCACCUCCGCAUACGCCUCCCGAAACUCCUCCACCGAAGCACGCCAAAUCGAAGUCCAAGUCCAAGCCCAAACCGAGAGAUCCCUCGCCUCCUCCAAAAUCUCAACCCGGAACUCCUCCUCCCCAAAAGUCCAAGUCCAAACCAGCGCCUGAUCCAGAAAAGAUUGCAAGAGCUGAAGCCGCCAAGGCCGAAGCUGCUAGAGCCGAAUCUGCAAGGAUAGAAGCUGAAAAGGCGGAAGCAGCAAAGAAACAGGCUCGAAGAAUCGAAGCAGAAAAGGCUGAAGCGGAAAAGGCCGAAGCUGCGAGGAAAGAAGCUGAAAGAAUCGAGGCCGCCAGGAAAGAAGCCGAGAGGAUUGAAGCUGAACAGGCCGAAGUCGCAAGAAAGGAGGCUCACAGAAAGGCUAAAAAGGCCGAGGCGGCAAGGAAAGAAGCUGAAAGAGUCGAAGCUGAGAGGAAAGAGGCCGAGAGGAUUGAAGCUGAAAAAGUUGAAGCUGCAAGGAAAGAAGCAGAAAAGAUCGAACUCGCGAGACUUGAAGCGGAACGAGCUGAAGCUGCCAGGAUUGAAGCUGAAAAGGCAGAGGCCGCAAGAAUCGAAGCUGCAAAGAUAGAGGCCGCAAAGGCUGAGGCUGCCAGGAAAAAGAACUCCUGGGAAAAGGCUCGCGAAGAGAUGAGAAGAAAAGAGGAGGAACGCAAAACCAAGGAGGCUGAACAGAAGCGCCGCGAGGAAGCCGCAAAACGACUUGCCGAACUACGGGCGAAAGACGCCAAGGAACGACAAGAACGAGAAAAGGCACGCCAGCGCAAAGAGCAGGAAGCUCAAGAGAGAAAGGAACUCCUCGAGGCCUCGCAACGUGCCAAGGAAUUGGCGAUCAAGUUGGAGGAGGAACGCAAAGAACGAGAGCGCCUAGAGAAGGAGGCCAAGGAAAUCCGCGAGCGAGAAGCCCAACGGGAGAAGGAGGCUCGUGAGCUUGCAGAGAAGAAAAAGAAGGAAGCCGAAGAACGUGAAGCCAGAAGACAGAAGUUUGCUGCUGAGCGAGAGGCUCUGAGGAAGAAAGAGGCUGAGGAGGCCAAACGACGAGAGGAAGACCAAAAACGAAAGGAGAUGGAGAAAGCUGAGAAAGAAAAGGCCGAACAAGAGAGGAUCGAGAGAGAAAAGGCCGAAGCUGAAAAGGCUGAGAAAGAGCGCGCUGCUAGAGAAACCGCCUCUCGUCAACCGAGCAGUUACGCCUACUCGGGCGUUGGUGAGAAGAUCAGCAUGUGGCCCAACGGUCGCCCGCCAGCUCCCAAGUCUACCACCUCCUCGUCAACUGCACACCAGCCUGCUCCCAGCACAGCUUCCUCUCAAAGAAAAGCUGCUCCGUCCGCCACUAGGUCCAACGGGUCAGGCGUUAGCACCGAGAAUUCACUGGAGAGUGGAAAUCAAAGGGCCUGCAUAUCGUGCGUGCCUCGGUCCGAGACCAAGAAGGAAAGCGAUACCUAUUUGUUAUCGAUGAGUCGGAGGCCUGGAAGGUUUCGGUUGGUCUUCAACGACUCCGCCGCGGCACCCAAGUUCGACAGCUUGCUGUCAGCGGGUAACCCUGGAAGAUGUCUUUUAGAUGAACAGGCCAUAUUCGCGGACCGUUCCCCCAUCCCCGAGACCUCAGGAAAGGUCAACAAAGUGACCGAGGCAUCAGAGUUAGACACAGUCCUCUCUUCAAACAAGCAUGUCGUGGUAGACUUUUACGCCGACUGGUGUCCUCCAUGCCGCGCCAUCGCGCCCGUCUUUUCUACUCUUGCUGACAAGCACGCAUCAACCGGCCAUCUUGCUUUUGCCAAGGUCAACACCGAUCAUGUGAAGGAGGUUGCUGCCAAGUAUGGGAUCUCGGCUAUGCCCACUUUUGUGUUUUUCACGGAUGGUGUGCCCAAGGGUGUUUCAGUUGAGGGAUUGCCGAGUGGCCAUUCUGUUAAUGUCAACAAGGAUGGACUGGUUGAUAGGAUUCGGGGUGCGGAUCGAAGAGCUUUGGAGGCUGUUGUUCAGGUUUUGGCUAGUAAGGAGUAGGAUGUCGGGAGAAACACAGUCAUGAGACAAUUCAUCUUACAAACGAUGGAUAAUGGUGGAAUGGCACAAUCCGCUGCGAUUUGUGUAUGACCAGAGUUGACGAGUCAAUGUAUAUUGUCGGGCGCCCUCCCGCCAUGUCCAGAGCCAUAACAAUACGUGUUCUACGAUUC